CUGAUUUUGAAAUACAGUUUUGACAGUGCAUUCGUAGAUGGUAGACGUAGCUCACGCAGAGAAACUGAUGAUCAACUUGUAGCACACGUCGGCUUCCAUUUUUUUCAUUUUCAACUACUGAAAAUUCGUCAUGGAAGUAAUAGCGCUCACUAAUGAUGUGAGGUUCACAGAGAAAGAAGAAUACGGUCAAUACGGAUGCUCUGAAGAGGUGGCAAUUGUAGAAACGCUUUCCAAGCGAUUGGAGGACGAGCUAAGGUUAGCAAGGAAGGAAAAUUUCCUUGAAGAGAUCCUUCUGCCUCACGGCCUAACACUGGACAUCGCCAAGAGGGUGUUCCAAAUGGCGGAGUUAGAGCCUUGUGGACUGAGGGGGUGCAUACUCUACAUCGAAUUCGAAUUGAAAGAUGAAAAGAGGAAAAUCUGUAGCAUAAAGUGCGACCCUUCGAUACCACCAACAUUCGAGCUCCACCUCACCUUCAGACAGGCUGUGAAUGGUUGGAAUGUGUUUCUGCCACAAUUUUUGAAAAAAAUUACAAGGAGUACAGUUAUGAUAAGUGCAGAAUAUGACCUUCAAAAGAAGAAAUUGUACAGAACCCAAAACGACCUGUAAGAAUGAUAAAAAUUCUUAAAACCAGGAGUUUGUUAGAUGCUUAGUGUUAUUGAGAACUUUUGAGAGGCUUUCUAGAAAUAGAUCUUAAGCAAUAAGUUCCAAGCUAAUAAUCUAAUAGAGGUAACGUUAUUUUAUAUUAGGACACCUUGUUUGAUUACACCGAAAAAAUACUUUUCGAUUGAUUUAGUAUUUUUUUGAGUCUAAUCGACAAGCUAGAACCGAUUGGUUCACUCACAAAAGGUAGAUGUGAUAAAAUUAUAUUAAGUUUUUAUUCUCAAAGUAUUUUAUGUGUUUUUGUGAUAUUAGUUUUUAAAAAAAAUUAUUUAACCUGUAAUUCCAUUUUCUCCGUUUUUACAUUGUAAAAAGUUUCAUUUUAUACAUCAUCAAAAUAUUAAAAUUCAAAAAACAUUGAUAAUAUAUAGACAUUCGGUUUCUUAUUCAAGUAUAUAUUCAAAGGAAAAAAAUAAUCAGUAUUUUUAAGUUGGGGAUUGGAAAUAUUUUUUAUCCUUCUUCAGUCCAUCAUAUCGAAAUAAUAUUGUCUAACUUAGCUAUCGAUAAUACAAACUUACUAUUCAUAGAACUCAUAGUAUUUAUGUUUAUAUAUUUUCUAUUUUCUUUUUAAUUGUACAUGGCUGAAGGACCUCGGUCGAUGGCCAAUUGAUUCUUAUCAAUAAAGUACUUGUUGUUGCAGUAGGGAUGGUAAUUGGUAAAUGUUUCCAAUCUACAGCUUUACAAAAUUCAGUUCUGUUCAAACCAAAGCACUAAACUAUUUUGUUGAGUCUUACACAUAUAAAGAAGAAGUUCUGUCAAUUAGA